AUGCUUUUUACAUAUAUCAUUACCGCCAGCUAUGCGAUUGUUUCGGCAUUUCCCUCAAAGUACACAAGACGGGGAGGGUCCUGCGAUAAGGCCGACUCUCGGACUCCCGAUAACUCAUGGGAUUCUCACCUACACGUGUUGAAUCCAAUCGACUACCCAAUAGAAGAAGGAUCAGAAUAUACUCCUGGAGUAUAUACCGUAUGGGAUAAUGCCAUAUUCGAAAAGCGCUUGGGGCCUGAGCAUGUAGUCCUGAUCCAGCCAUCCAUCUACGGCACCAACAACACGCUUCUGCUUGAAUCUCUCCGAGCCUACGGACCAGACAGAGCACGUGGGGUUGUUGUAUUUGAUAUUGAAGAUAUUUCAAUGGCAAAGCUCAAUCAGUGGCAUGUAUGGGGAGUCCGCGGCGUACGAAUCAACUUUCUGUCCACCGGUCAGACUCCACCCGCCGAUGAGCUGGAGCGAACCUUGAGUAAAUACUCCAACAUGGUCAGAUCACUCGGUUGGGUUGUGCAGCUAUAUAUCUCGAUGGACGGUAUUCAGUUGAUUGAAGAUUUUCUUCCUACUCUAGGAGUGCAGAUCGUGUUCGAUCAUAUUGGCGUCCCCGAUAUUCCAAAACAGAAUUCGACCAAGUCUUACAACCCAUCGGAUAUCGCCGGGUUCGACUCCAUGGUUCGGCUGCUGCAACAAAACGUCGCUUGGGUCAAGAUCUCAGGGCCAUAUAGAAUUUCGAAUGUUCAAGGGCCAAUUUAUCAUGAACUGGAUCCGCUUAUCCUUGAGCUAUUCCGGGCCGCUCCCUCAAGACUGGUUUACGCCUCGGACUGGCCUCACACAAGAUUCGAGGGCCUCGAUAUCAGACCAUGGACAAGCCAUCUCCUUGAACUUACAGAGGGUCAGGAAAGCGUUAGAGAAAGUCUCUUCAGAGAUAAUGCUAUAGUUCUGUGGCAGGCGGAAGAUAAGUAG